AACAAAGGUACAGUUAAGUAAUAAGUAAAUUCCAAAAUGCAGUACUGAUUGUUGUCAUGAAGCUGUGGGUGUGCAAUGUGAUUCAAUGACACAAGACAGCACUCGCAUCCUGUUGAGGACGUGCGUCCUUGUUUUCAAACCUGUUCAGGGGGGGAUUGCCAAACAGGUAAUACAGGCGCAGUGUCGUUUGACAUUGCAGUUUUCUACAUUAGCAGAGUAGGCUAUGUCCGGAAAGCUUGGAAGACACAAUACUAUUGGCUUUAUAUAUUAAAUACAAUUUCAACGCGGAGACAAAUGCCAUGGCAGUGAAGAGUGAUGGGCUGACCCAUUGUAAGUUCGCUCUGGUGUUCGCCGUGGCGAUGGACCUGCUGGGCGUGAUUUCCAUGCUGCUGGGCGUCUUUGCCUCGCUGGAGUUCGAGGGUCAGGACUUCGGGGACCUGCUGGUGUACUCGGGGGCCCUUCUGGUGCUGUUCUCCAUGGGGGGCUGGGUUAUCUGGUACAGCGGAAACAUCCAAGGACUGACCACCACAAAGAAGCUAGGGGGCACCGCCUUCGACCGCCUCGCACGAAAUCUGAGCCGAAGGAUUCGGAUGCCCAGGUCUCAGAGCAGCCCGUGAAGCCUGAAGCCAGGGGCCGAUAUGAAAUGCUUCAAGGCCAUGCAUCCUUCAGGUCUUCAUUAUGUUUUAUAUAUACCGAGCAUGGAGAUGGCAAACGUUCUAGAAAUAUUGGUAAUGUUAAAAUUAAAGUGUUUAAAUUAAA